UCAGCUGGAAGAAAAGCCACGCGGGUCGCGGCAACCCUAGACCACCAAGAAGGCCGAGGCGGAGGCGAGAGGCGGAACACGAGGAGGCCACCAGAAAAUUCCUCCCUCCCCCAGGAGAGGCGAGGCGAAGCGGAGCUCUCCUCCCAAAUUCCCCAACCCUCCACCGCCUCCACCGCCACCGCCAUGCGCAUCCGCCGCUACGCCGCGCGCCUCCUCGCCUCCUCCACCGCCACCGCCCCCUCCUCCCUCCCGCCGCCCCCCGCCGCCUCCGCGGCCUGGUGCCACGCCGCCGCGGACGAUUGCGCCAUCUGCGACCUCACCCGCUCCGCCUCCCCGCAGGUGGUGGCGCCGGACGCAAUCAAGCAGAAGGGGCACAUUGCCGGCCGGGCGCUGGAACCCGAGCUCAGGAGCGAUCCGCGCGUCGGACUAGCCGAACGAACUCCUGUUCCGGAAGAUCAAGGGCGCGAUAUAGAUGACGGUCCUCCCGCGAAAAGAUCUCUCACGUUUACUGAUGCUGCGGCGAGGCUAGAAGGUUCGGGAAAUGUUGGUGCUGGAGUUGCUACUGAACCAGCAGCUAGACUAGGAGCCCCCGUUGCUAAUGGAGCUGUUAGUGGGCAGGAGGAUAGAGCAGCAACUUGUCUUGCGGAUGAAUCUGCUGCGGAGCUGAUUGCUACCGGGGUAACUUCUCUCGUUACCGGAGCAACCGCUGAACCAGAGGUUUUAAAAGGGGCUUCAUUUGCUAAUACAAAUGUUACCGAGCCAAGAGUUUCGGAGAGAGUUCCUCUUGUGCGUGAAGCUGCAACUGAGCCAGAAGCUGAAGUCUCUAUGCGAGAAGUUACAGAAGGAGCUCUCCCUGAUGGUGAAGGUGCUGCAAAGUUGGAAAUUACAGGGGGGCUUUCUCGAGAAUCUGCUGACAAAAUGGAAGUUACAAAGGGAAUUUCUCUUGUUACUGAAGCUUCUGCUGAUUCAGAACUUGCACAGAGAGUUCCUACUGAACCAGGAGUUGAACUCUCUCUGCCGGAAGUUACAGAGAGAGUUCCUGUUGUGACUGAAGAUUUCACUGAGCUAGGAGAUACAUUCAGUGGCCUACAUAUUACAGGGUUCGCUUCCCUGGAUAAUGAAGGUUCCGUGGAACAAGAAGUCACAGGAAGUGGUUCUCUUGUAAAUGAAGCUACAGAGAUGGAAGUUAAGGAAGGAACCUGUAUCUUCACCAGAGUUGCCACAGAGCUGGGAGAUACUGGUAGAGUUUCUGCUUGUAGUGGAGAUGGUGACAUUGCUUUAGAUGAGCCACGACCUCCUGAUUGUGUUUCGGAGGUUGCCAAUGUGAAUGUUGGAAAUGCAGGAGAGGCUGUUGCGAGCAAAGUGCAGCCUUUUAGAGACAAUGCAGAAAGUGUUGGUGGUUCUAUUAAUUCAACAGGCAAUGGCCAUGUUAGCUCCAAAAGUCCAACUGCAGAUGAAGCAGCACCACCUGGUGGAUGUACUGAUACACCCAGUGUUUCAUGUUUAUCAGACAUUGUGGCUAGAAGCAUCGGUAAGUCAGGGAGAACAGAUAUCAUAUGUUAUGUUAGGCGCAGGGGUAAAAGGAAGCUGGAAAUGGUGGAGGUAAAGGAAGAAAAUGUUGAAAUGGAUGACAGUGCUAUCUGUGAUCAAUAUGAUGAUAAAGUGGCAUCAGAAAGAACUGGUCCUUGCGAGAGUGUGACGUCAACUGCUGUAUCUGUAGAGAUUAAAAUUGCUGACAUAAAGAGAGAGCUUGAAGAUAAUUCAACUGCUAGCAAGGGUAAAAAGAAGAGGGCCAAAAGGUUUCAAUGUGAAAUAGAUUAUUGCCGCAUGACAUUCAAGAACCGAGCUGAGCUUUCUGUUCAUAAAAAGAACACAUGCACGGUCAAGUCAUGCGGCAGACAUUUCAGAUCCCACAAGUAUCUGAGGCGCCACCAGAGCAUUCACAAUGAUGAUAUGCCAUACAAGUGUCCAUGGGAGGGUUGCAGUAUGGCUUUCAAGUGGUCAUGGGAUCGGGGUGAGCAUUUCCAAGUCCAUGCUGGCAAAAGACCUUAUAAAUGCACAACACCUGGGUGCAGCAAGAUAUACAAGUUUGUUUCGGACUUCACCCGGCAUAAGAGGAGGUGCAAACCUCAGAGGUAAAAGCUUGUGUGAUACUACAGAUUUAGGAUAGGAGUAAAAAUCUUGUACUUGCUACUGUAGAUGUUUUUUUUAUUUAUUUGCUGGAUGAUUGGUGUUGUUCUAGCGACCUAUAGCAGGAUUGCUUGUUACUUUGUUGAGAAAAUUUUACAAUCUGUAGUUCGGAAAUUUUGAAUGCGUGUUUCUCAAAUAUCGUUAUACAUUCUAAAAAUGCUGCUUCAUAAUAUCCGAGAUGUUUUUCCGGUGCAGUGUAUAUAUAAAUUCUCUGACUUAGGCCUGUGUACAGAGCUGUUUUUUGUUCACUUCUUCCAAAUUGGUUUCA